AGAAGAUUGGAGACUUCUUUUUGAUGAUGAGCGACUACCAUGAAGCAAUGGAGAGCUACAGCAGGGCUCUUGACGUGAUAGCUCGUGAUGCACCCUGACACAAGAGUGUUGAUGGAUAUCUGCGGAAUCGAUCCGGCUGACAUGGACGAGUCUAGAAUUCAACCAGGCGAUGAUUACGAGAUGGCUCCAGUUCCAGAUGCCGCGAAACAGGUGCUUGAGAAAGUCCAUGGUGAUCCUUUGCCUCGAAAAGCUGCCAUGGCCAGCAUUCUGCGCAGGAUCCUACCACCCAGGGCCAUCACAGAUACAUCCCUGCUGGACAGCUUUGCAAGCAUUCGAAACACAAUACGAAACCCUCGGGGAUUAUCAGCUACAAACCUUGUGGCUGUAAGCAGUGUGCCUGAGUUUUUCAGUGACCCAGAGUCCCUUGGUGUGGAUGGUGUUGGAAAAACAACGCUUGCAGCCAUGGUUGCCCACCAUGCAGAUGUCAGGCGUUUCUUUUUGGAUGGGGUCAUUUGGAUUUACAUUGGUCAAAUGGAACUCAACUAUACUCGUUACACCCAAUGUUUGAGAGAGCUGCUGGCUCAACUGUAUCUCGAGGUAAGGAUCAAGCUGCACCAAAUCCCAGAAUACUUUUAUAUGAAAGACAAACACUUACUUGAUCACCGAUGGCGCAACAAACUCCCAACACUGAGGGGAGCCAUGAACAUCCACCAACCCAACCACCAUCUAGCAGAAGACCUGUACAACAGACUGUCAAUUCAACAGCAAUAUGACUUGGAGAAUAACAUAGAAACAUAUAGAUCUCAAUUGCUCAAUCGGCUUCACUCCCCAGCUACCAAACGAGAGUGCCAAAAGAAACUGAAACAAAUUGACAAGCAAUUCAAAGCAGCAGUGAAAGAGGAAAUCAGAACAAGAAGCUGCGUAGAGCCACCAACAGCGCAUGAUCAACAACAUGAAGCCAAAGGCAAUUCGAAAGCAGCCAAGAGGAUUCGGGGAAUGCGAAGAGCAGAGAAAGUCUCCAAUGUCUUCCGAAAAUUGACAACAUCCGGAAUCCAGAAAAGCAAGGAGGGCUGUGUACCUAUUAGUACCAGAGGACCCAGCAGAAGAUCCCAAAACAUGUCAGAACUGAAACGGGAGGAUGCUCCGGAGGUAAUUGAAGCCCUACUGGAAGAGAAACAGGAAACACUUUGUCAGUCCAAAGAUUGCAACCUACAAGUCCCCGACGGAUUUCACAAUGAAAUUUGA